AUGCCCCGGAGCCACCCUAACCCGUGGGACCCACCUCGGCACCCGGCACAGCCCUCGGAACGCGCCUCGGCACCUAGCACAACCCUCGGCCCAACCACCUCGCCCUACAUCCAGCACCUAGCGCAGCCUAGCCAACUACAGGGCACUACACAGGUCAUCUACCCCUUAGAACGCGCCUCGGCACCUAGCACAACCCUCGGCCCGACCACCUCGCCCUACAUCCGGCACCCGGCGUAG